UCCAAAAUAAUUUUAUUCAAAAAUAACUUACUCUUUUCAAGAACGAUUUUUAACCUAAUAUUUCAAAGUAGAUGGAGUAAAACAAAAUCUAAACGCGAGGAGAGGGUUGGACUGUCAGCCAUCAUGUCGCAAAGGGUUCUUUGCAAGUUCUUUGCACAUGGGGCAUGUCUGAAGGGGGAUCAUUGUGAGUUUUCACAUGAUUGGAACAAUCCUGCUAAUAAUGUAUGCACCUACUACCAAAAAGGAGCUUGUGCUUAUGGAAGCAGGUGUAGAUAUGAUCAUGUUAAACCGUCUCGAUCACAGCCUUCAGCUCAAUUUUCAGCAAGUUCUGCUCCUUCCAAUAUGCCUCCUGGAAUGCAUGCACAUAAUGCAGUUGUUGUGUCAGCUAUUUCUACUGAGGUUUUAGCUUCAAACAAACCUUACGACACUUCCAGCCGACCAGCAUGGAACCAAAAGUCGGAGCUUCAAGAUGCAUUGGAGAUUGAUGAUACGAUUGAGUUCAACAUUGUUAAUCCAGCUGAUCGGUCAAUCUGUGCCUUUGCUGCAGGUGGUAAUUGUCCUCGGGGAGAAGAGUGUCCUCAUAUUCAUGGAGAUCUGUGUCCAACCUGUGGGAAGCAUUGCUUGCAUCCUUUCAGGCCUCAGGAAAGAGAGGAGCAUAUGAAAACAUGUGAGAACAAGCAAAAGCACCUUGAUUUAUUGAAGCGCAGUCAAGAAAUAGAAUGCAGUGUAUGCCUUGAACGUGUUCUUUCCAAGUCAACAGCAACUGAGAGGAAGUUUGGGAUCCUUUCUGAGUGUGAUCAUCCGUUUUGUGUAUCAUGUAUAAGGAAUUGGCGUGGCAGUUCUUCCUCUGGGAUGGAUGUUAAUUCUGCACUGAGGGCUUGCCCCAUAUGCCGAAAACUUUCAUAUUUUGUCAUUCCAAGUGUUAUUUGGUACUUCACAAAGGAAGAAAAGGAAGAAAUAGCUGACAACUACAAAAACAAGCUCAGAUCUAUUGACUGCAAGCACUUUGACUUUGGGAAUGGGACUUGUCCAUUUGGGACUAGCUGUUUCUACAAGCAUCAACACCGUGAUGGUCGUCUGGAGGAAGUGGUACUACGCCAUCUUGGUUCUGAAGAUGGAAGCACUGUAAUCGCUAAAAAUAUCAGGCUCUCGGACUUCCUUAGGAAUUUGGAAAUUAGGUGAACAAUCUCUCUUAGUAAUUUCAAGGAAGAGACAUAAUGACGGACCAGCGGGUAAAAGAAGGCACACAAGAGAAAACUAUGAACCAACGGGCAACAAAAGACUCGUAUAGUACAGGGGUAGGGUUUCGAGGUCAUAAAUGCAUGAUGGGGCAUGCGGGGUGUUCAACAGAUAUGGAGAUUUUCCCUAGAUUGGAAUACUCACGUGAUUUACCAUGUGGAAACAGCAAGCAGUCAAAGACCCUCUUUUUAAAUAAAGAGGCUGCCCUUAAAAAGAAAUUGGGCCCAGAUCUGUUGGCCCAAAGCUUUUCUAAUUGGAAUAUUAAGAGGGCAUGCUACAAUGAGCCCAGAACCGACCCAUUGGAGGAGGAAUUAAAAGCUAACAUUUUUACUUCUAUUCUGGAAUCACAACUUACAAGUUAUGAAGUCAGUCCUUGCGAUAAAGACAUGGAUACAGAGAGUGAAGAAAUUAGAGAGAGAAGACCAACAAGCUGCAGUUAAGGAAGAAAAUCAAAUAUUACUGAUUAAAAAUAGGAGAAAACAGGCAUCAGAUUCUUAGGCGGAAGGAAACAUGCACAUGCAGCCACGGAAUCUCAACGCAACAAUGGGUUGGGCAAUUGAAGAACCAAUCCCCCUAAAUUCUGCGAAGGUGGUAGAUGAGAGGGAUGUGAAAUUUGAUGUGACAAUAAGGGUUUACCAAAUUAUAAUCAGAAUGGCUAAGGAGUUUGGGUUGGUAUUUCAUGGAUAUGAGAAGGAAUCUCUAGAGCUUUUCAUGAAAAUUGAUAGCUAGCGACAUGGAGUUUCAGUAACACAAGAACUUGGAACCCCAAAAAGAAAGGAAUCAAAGAACUGAAGAGCCUUGAGAGGGUGAGCUGUUUUGUGAGCAAUGGAACAAGCAGUAAAGGGGGGGUGUUUCAUUAACCAAGAUCAAUGAAAGUCAACAUUAUAUCAUGGAAUGUUAGGGGGUUGAAUCAACAAUAAAAAAGAAUGUUGAUUAAAAAUUUAAUUCACAUGUGGAAGGAUGAUGUUUUAUGUUUUCAAGAAUCAAAAGUCGAAGGGGAUAUUAGUGCCAUUAUCAAAGAAUUACGGCCUAAUAGAUGAGGCAAGUAUGUACAAUUGGAGGCUAGUGGGACUAGAGGGGGCAUUAUAAUAUUGUGGGAUAACAGGGUAUGGGAAGGGGAGUUUAGCAGUUUGGGUUCAUAUUCCAUAACAUGCAAGUUCUCUGGCAAGACUCAAGAACUCAAUUGGCAUUUGUCCAGUGUAUAUGGAGCAACCAGGGGUGGAAUUUGAUCUUUAGAAGAUGCUUGAAUGAUUGAAAAAUUGAUAGGAUAACAGAGUUCCUUAACACUCUAGAGCUAUUUACAGGAAUUACAACUUCGGAGGAUAGCAUCAAGUGGCAAGGAAAUAAUCAAGGAGAAUUCUCUGUCAGAUCAGCCUACAAAGAAUUCAACCUGUUCAACAAUCAGAUUGGGUGUUGGGUGUUGGCCCUGGAAGAUGAUAUGGAAAGUCAAUUCCCUAUAAAGUAUCUUGUUUUACUUGGUUAUUAGCUAGAGGAAAAGCACUCACACAGGACAAUCUGUGCAAAAGGGGUCAUCAUCUAUGUUCCAGAUGUUUUUUAUGUGGGGAGCAAGCUGAGACAAUUAAUCAUUUAUUUCUGCAGACAAUUCUGGAGAAUGUUCCUCAACUUUAGGGGGAUUCUAUGGACGAUGCCAAGUAAUAUAGUUGAUGUGCUAGCAUGCUGGAACAAAAAAGGCAGUAAUGCAAUUCAGAAAAUGAGAUGGAAGAUUAUUCCAGCGUGCAUUUGGUGGACAGUUUGGGAAGAGAGAAACCAAAGAUGUUUUGAAAACAAAGCCAACCAUCUCCAGAAGAUUAAGAUGAAAUGCUUAGGGCUGUUCUUUUUUUGGUGUAAAGCAAUAGGUUUAGAAUAUCAAGAAACAAUCUUUGAUGUAUUAGAAUCCUUGUGAGAUGACAGAGGAUCAAAUGGUUUAUACUUUUGUAACCGGUAAUUAAGGGGUGCUACAUUGUUUUUGUGUAGUCUUAUAUAAAUAUACAAAUAUGUUACCUUUUUAAAAAAAAAGAGUUGGCCACAAUAUAUAGUCAAAAACUCCUGUAACUUUAUCAGUGCAACGUAAUGAUUUUAACACAUCAUAGAUCAUCCGAAACUAUUCGUAUGAUCUAGUUGGGUUCAUUUUCCGAAGAGCUCUCCACGUGAACUUGAACCUGUCUUAGAGCAAUUAACUGAUGUUGACUCGAGAGAGAUGGAUCCUUGGGUCCUGUCAUCAUUUUGUACAUGUAAAUUCCAUAUGAACUUUGUUCUGGGUGUUGUAAUGUUAUGCUGCCUAUGCAUUCAUUGUCUAUCUAAAAGAUCUGUAGUAUGAAAUGACUUUUAGCUAUUAGAAUCAACUCCCUUCUGUUGUCUUCCCCGACACACUCUAGAUUUAUCAGAACCCUAGGUGAUGAAUUAUGAUAUAGCCUUCUGUUCAUUAUCUUGAUCGCUUGAUUAAACUCAAUAGCUCUAGAAGGUUAGACCUAACAACGUUUUAUAUCAUUGACAUACUAUUUUCAAAAAUCAAUGACCUAACAACGUUUUAUAUCAUUGACAUACUAUUUUCAAAAAUCAUAUCAUUGUUUUGUUUGAAUCUAUUUCCUGGCAGGAUUCUCCUGUCCUAAUAUGUUAGCCUUUAGGCUUUUCAACCUACCCAUGGUAAUUGAUGGCUGGACUGGCGGGGUUCUUCCGUCUUGAUCAUGGUUGGCUUUCUUAUUCUAGGAAAGUAGUAGUUGCAAAAAAGAAAAAUAGUAUGCAGUUCUAAAAUGUUGGUCCUAUUUGUUGUGGGUCACGAGUUUAACUUGUUUUGAAUUUCUCUUUCUUUUAUAUAAGCCCAUUUUUAAAUUGUGUUCGCACUCACACGAUUCCUGUGUCUUGAUCAUGUUUACCUUUAGGCUUUUUCGGAGUUACUUCCCCUGGUAGGUUGUGGCUGCCGAGUUUAAGAUUGGCUUUAAUUGUUUGUGAGCGGG